GCCAACAAGUACUUUUGAUCAAAGAAAGUGCUUUCUUGAAACGCAAGGGGACCACCAUGGUUUCUAGGGUUCCUAGGGUUCAAUGACAUGAGUAGGUAGAUGCAGAUUCAGAUGCGAGUGGCUGGCUACCUGGGCGCACCCAGCUUGAGCUUGCAAGCUAGUGGCGUUUUCUUCUUGCAUUGCAAUCAUCUUCGUGCCUACUUGAGUCUGCUUGCUCCUCGUUGACUCUGAAGGGCACAACUCAUUUCUGAAGGGGAUAGGUUGGAAGUGUGGCUGGCUAUCACAACCUCUGAGUUGUGCAAGGUUGCCCAUCAUGCUGUUGCUCCCGUCCAUUGUGCUCCUGUCACUCCAAGUGGUUGUGAGCAUCCUUCUAGUCAUCCCCGUGCCGGCAGUCAGAAGACUGGGUUUGGCUGUAGUCGGUUUCUUUCACAUUCCCAGAGCGGCAGCGGUCGUCAGGACAAUCUUUGGAGCGCUCGUUGUGUUCCUGCUCUCAUCAAUUGCCAGCAUACAAGGGCUGCUUGUAAAAGCAGCAAAAGCGGAAGCGCUCAACACUGGCGACUCGCUGCGUACAGAAAGCGCAUUGUACAGUGAAUAUCUGCAGGCAUUCAUAACCGGUGCGUCGCUCUUGCUGGUGCUCCUUGAUCACGCAGUUUAUGCUGCUGUAACCGAGGGGGACAAGCUGAGGGUCAGCCAUGAUGCUCUGCAAAGGCAAGCAAAGAAUGCCGGAACAGAGUAUUUGAAGCUGCACGAAAAGUCCUCCGGCCAGGUGGACUACAGUGCAAAACUGGCAGCAGAAGAGGCCAAAGUCAAGGAGUUGCGCCAGCAGACGGACAUCCUCCGAGAGACCGUGACCACUCUGCAGCAGGAGUUAGAAGAUCGUCGCAAAGAUAAGCAGAUCACGGAGACAGCAGUGAAGAAUGCUGAGGCGCUAAAACGACAAGCAGACGGGGUGGCUCAGGAAUAUGACAGAUUGUUGGAAGAAAAUGACAAGCUUCGAUCCCUCCUCGGGAGAGUCGACAGCAAGUUUGCUCAAGUCGAAGGCAAGAAGAGUGCUUAGGAACUUACUUUGUCCUUAAAGUCCUCCGAGAUUCCUAUAGCCGCUAAUGGAACAAGUCGGUCGUUAGUGACUGGCAGCAUGCACAUUCCAGACCUGUGUAUAAUACCCCCGCGCACACUUUCUUGAUUGCCAGGAAACAAUUCAUCAGCAGAGUCGAUGUAAUGAUUAAUGAUCGCACAAUUAUACUCAAAGUUGAUCGCAAAUUCUUGAAAGAACGGACCGUCAAGGCCUACAAACUAGCUGCAUCAGUAUUAGUGCCCCUGUACCAUCCCACUCAAAAC